GGUUAUCGCAUUUGAUCAGAGCGCAAGAAUAAGAAAGAUCACAAUUUCUAUUGGCGCAUAAAAAGUUUCCGAGAUUAACCUCAACUUCAUUCAACCGCUAUGUCCUCGAUAGCAAUAACCGCGUUCCAAUACACCAUCGGUUUGCUAGUCAGUAAAGGUAUAGAUAAGGUCGCGGAGACUCUGAAAGAUGGCGAUGUAACAGAUCAAAAAUUCCAUUCCUUGAUCGUCAACAAAAGCGACGAAAUCAAGUCAAAGUUGGACGCGUUAUCGAGGAAAGAUUUAGAAGCGAGCAUCAGUUUCUUUGAGGAAGGAAUUGAGUCGUUGUAUGAAUUGUUUAAGAUAGCAAACGCUAGAGGCGAGUGUGGCGCGGUAACAGCACCAGCAGCGGCCUCCAAUGAAGCAUUUCUUCUUAUUGAAGGAAUCAAAAGGUUAGAGCUUACUGGCCUGGAUGAAUCUGCUUUAGGUGAGCUUUCCACUGCAAAGAAAAGAUUCAAAGAUGCUCGAAGAAAAGCAACAGAAGCUUUUAAAACCGAAGCCCUUAAAACAUCUGACCGCAUUCUGGCCAUGAAGUAUCGAGUCAUGGCGACCAUAUUAGAGGUAGUAGACAAUCCCGCUAAUGCACUGGCACCAUGCAGAGUGUGUUUAAAGGAACUGAACUCUCUGCCAGCAGUACAGAAUAACUUUCAUGUUCAGCUCAAGAAAGGCAUUCAGGCAGUGAAAGGUUUGCUCAGUAAAGAGGAAAGAAGGGAAGUCAUCUCCAGUGUUUGUCACGUGAAUCGUGUCAUCUACGAUGUCACUCGAACGUUCGGUGGAGACACACACCUUUGGACCUGGCCUCCAGUUGAUACUGGUUACAACAAAUUCAAUCUACUGUAUGACGCAAGAGUAACCAAAGUACUUCUUCAACAAGGCAUGGAGCAUUGUUGUGUAACACCAUCGUCAUUUGGUCGGGAAGGUGAGAAGGAACACGAGCUGAAGAGCCCGAUAGGUAUCGCUACAAACUCCAGCGGAGAAUUCAUCGUCGGGGAUGAUAAAGAUCGUUGCUUGAAGGUGUUUGACAGAAACGGUAAGCUUGUGAAAGUUUUCGGUCUCCCUACCGAGGACGUAAUUACACCGUUAUGUAUUGAAGAUGUAGUCACGGACAUGAACGACAAUAUCUUUGUGCUGACCAUGAUGGGGAAGCCUGGGUUUCAUGAAUCUGAGAGAUCUGAGAGAUCUUGGUGGGUCUAUAAACCUAAUAAAAUCGCUGACCUGCACCACAGGUUUCGUCUGAAGGGAGAGCGCUGGCACAGACGACUAUCGGUCAGAGAUACAGGGAAAGUAAUGACCCUGGGGGACGGGACGGCAGUGGAGGAAUAUGACAGUAAUGGAGAAUUUGUUCGCAGUUUUGGAGAAGAAAUAUUGAGGUAUGCGGUGGAUAUCACUGUUGCUAACGAUGGCCGUGUUUUAGUAUUGGACAAUGAUGAUCCCUCCCGCAGCGAUACUCUCAAAGCAGAUUUGGUUGUUCACAUAUUCAGUGAACACGGCGACUAUCUGAACAAGUUCAAACUGAAAAGAAGUUUCUUUAAGUACACGAGCAUCACAUUUCAACCAGCAGGUGAACAUGUCGUCGUCGCUGGUAUAGAAUUAAGCAGAAACCUCCUGGAGGUUAAAAUAUUGAGCAAAGAUGGUGAGUUUGUUCGUAGUGUACAAAUCCAAAAUUGUGACGAGUUCUUUGAAGUAAGAGGGAUUGCAAUGAACAAUGAUGGACGCAUUGCUGCUGUUACAACAAAUUUAAAAAAUGGUAAAGUAGUCGUUUUAUAAACUGCUGUUUCUUGUUCCAAAUUGUUCGCUAAUUUUUUUUGGCUUGGGAAUUCGGUAAAAUCAGCUAAGGCACCCGUUUGUAACAAGUUGUCGCGUUCUGAAUGCAAACCCACGUCCGAAUGCUCAUUUCAGAGCUUUUGUCAUCGGUGAACAUGCUGUUCUCGAAAACUGGUUCAUUCAUAUCGCCAUUUAAUCCAAAAACUUAUAAGCUCUAAUCACUUAUUUUAAUGGUGUCGUGUUACAGUAUGCUUACCUGUCACGACUACUUCUUUCUCUGACUCGUAUGCAAAUUUUUAAGAGAAACCGGAUUUGCUUUUUGUUUCGACAAAUGUCAAAUCAUUGAUCGAUGAUC